CUUUAAUACAGUUAUAUGUUUGUUUUUUGGUUGGGGAAGUGACAAUUAUAUCUUUUUUUUUUCUCCUUUGUUUGGUCUUAGAGAAAAGUUGAGAUAAGUUUUAAUCAACUUCCUAAAGUUGUUACUCAUUUAAAUGGACAAAGAUUCCAUUUUUGUUUAAUAUUAUUGCAUCUUAUUAUGAGUUACUGUAUUGUUUCAUUAUUUUUAUUAAUAUUAUUCUAUAUAUACUUAUCUGUUUUGAGGAUUUUUGGUAGAAGUGGCAAGGUACUGAAGUUUGUUUUUUCUUUUGUUUAUCUCAGAGAAAGUUGAGAUAAGUUUUAAUCAACUUGCUAUAGUUGUUACUCAUUUAAAUGGACAAAGAUUCCAAUUUUAUUAAUAUUAUUGCAUCUUAUUGCGAGUUACUGUAUUGUUUGAUUAUUUUUGUUAAUAUUAUUGCAUAUAUAUUGCAUACAUUUAUUUAUUUAUUGAGGAUUUUUGGUAGGAGAAGUGACAAGUUACCAAAGGUUUUUUUUAUUUCUAGAGAUAAGUUGAGAUAAGUUUUAAUCAGCUAGCAUAGUUAUUCCUGGCAAAGAUUCCAUUUUUAUUACUAAUAUUAUUGCAUCUUAUCGUGAGUUAGAUUAUUUUGUUUUGAAGUUUAUUUGGAGCCUGUUAGAAUUUGUUUGUGUAUUUCAAGUUUGGACUUUGGGCAGUUUUUAGUUUUGCUAUUGGACAACAGCGUAGUAUAUAUGUUUAAGUAAGAAAAGAAUUGAACCUGAAGUAGCUCUGGUAGGAUUUCUUAAGUUUUGUGUUGCUUUGUCCAUGUAGCAAGGCAAUAACAUUCGUGUGCUUCCGAUAACAUAACAAGCCACUAGAACUAGAGAAAAAUAAAUUUAACUGGUGAUUUUAAGAGGUAUAGCCUAGAAGUGAGGAACCCCGAUCACCAAUCAUAAGGUUGGGGUUUCGAGCCAACAAGGGGCUAAAGUAGGAAAGGGCAUCACUGCUUCAGGGAAGCCAACCAGCCUGCUGACAGAUUGGCUAACCUGAGUCACAGCCUUGAUGAAAUUCAGGUGUUCAACUCUUUUACUGACCUUCCUAACAACAUCAAAGGCUUAAUAAACAUGGACAAAUGGAACCUACCAUCAUUCAGGAUCAAACAAAAAAAGCCUUCUCAAAUAGUUUAUGAUCCUCCUUGAGUUGUAUUUCCUUUUGCAGUUUUUGGUUAGGAGCCGAGGAUCUUUCAGAAACAGCCUCUCUAUCUUCCGAGAUGGGGGUAAGGUCUGCGUACACUUUAACUUCCCCAGACCCCACACUAUGGAAUUUCACUGGGUAUGUUGUUGUUGUUGCUGCUGUUUUUGGUUAGCACUUAGAAGGAUAGUCUCAUCUCAAUGAUCAUGUACAAAGUUUGGGAUGCCAAACUCAGUAUUGUAACUUCUUGCACAUAAAUGAUCAAUGGAGAAAAAAAAAAAAAAAGUAGGAAAGGGCCACUGUUACUAUCCUCGCUUUGGUGGUGGGUUUUUUUUUUGUUUUGGGGGGUGGGGGUGGGGUGGUGGUUCGGAGUGGAGGUACCUAUAUAAAAUAGGGUGGUUCUCUUUGGAGCUAUGAGUAUAAUUAUCUUUGGAGCAAGUAAGAAGAGGUGGGGGGAAUGAGGAAGGGAACUUGUCAAUUUACUUCAUUUGGCAAAGUAUUAUUCUUCUCCUCCUGUUGCUUAGUACAACUGGAAAGAAGUAAUAGACACCUACCUGUUAGCUUCCUUUCCUAUUACUUCCUACCAAAAAGCCUAAUUUAGUCCUUAACAGAGAGGUGUAAGCCCCGAAAGCCUUUGGUAUGCUGGUAGGGCAAGAGGCCCUUAGACCCAAGAAAAGGAUUGAAGCACCUCGAUUUCAUGCAAAUUGGACAUUGAGCUUUUCGUAUAGGUGUCUAGAGGCUAAUAUUCUAUUAAGAAAGGAGGAGAAAAGGCAGAUCAAGCAAAAAUCCUUUUCCUCUUAUAAAGGGGAAUACAUCAUUUUUCUGUAUGUCCAUUAGAUGUAUAUGUAAUUUCGUCAAUAAUUUGUUGUUUGCCGUUUUAAGUUGGAAUAUGGGACCUUGAUUAUAUACAACAACAACAUACCCAGUGUAAUAAGUGGGUUCUUGGGGGGGGGGGGUAGAGUGUACGUAGACCUUACCCCUAACUCGAGGAGGUAGAGAGGCUGCUUCAGAAAGACCCUCAGGUCAAGUGCAGCAAUCAAGUAGUUAUGAAAAAGGCAAUACGGCAGUGACCUUGAUUAUAUACUAAAAGAAAAUUCGUAAUAAUACAACAAGCAGUUUUUAUUUAACUAUGGUAUGUGAAUCCUACAAGAAGCUGUUCCCGGCUACUUACCAGCAUCAUGUCUUCAACUUAAUCUGUAAUGCAACAUUUCAUUGGAUCAAUCUGAAAUUAUUCCGCUACAUUUAUAAGUUUCUGUAUCUCAUACUUCUCUUUUCUGUAACGUUUCGGUUGGGAAAGUAAUUAGUUGUGAGUUCUAAUUCCUGUUCCUGCUGAUCUAGCCUAUGACUGUGAUUUCCAUAAAAAUAGUUCCCGAAUUUUUCAAAUCACAAUAGAAACAAUAGUGAAAUGUGAAAGUCAAUGUACUGUAAUUGUUAGAUGCAAGUGGAAGGAUGCCUUUCUUCAGAGAAUCUUCCGAGAGAACAAGGAAACCAUACUCCUGGAUCAUCUCUCUGCUCUUGUAAUUUUUAGAGUUAUGAGGAAACUGAGUUGGAACCAAAUACUUGACUCAAGUAUUUGGAGAUGACUAAAAUAACUUACUAAUAAGGUUAUUCCAUAAGUAGCUGACCCAAAUACUUGACCAACAUUAAACAAGUAAAUCCGAGAUUUGUGAGAUCAUAAGCUGGGUCAGACUAGUAUGGCUAUUUUGAGACAACUAGGGCACUUGGGCCAUGAAUCUGUGAUGGUCGAUGAUGCAGAACUGGAGAUUGAUCAGCGACUUCAGGAAUUAUAUAUAUCUACAAGGGCUGCGAAGAUAGCAUGUAUAUGGAAGUCUCAAUUUUCAGCUUGAUCUUGCAGCUAGAAAGUUGGCAGAUAAUUGUUAUAAAUACGGGGGUGAGAAUCAAAAUAAUCCUUCUACCUUGCCAAAGGCUGCCGUGGAGUUUGGAACUUCACAUGCUGCAAUGGAAGAUCAAAGGGAAAUUAUGCUAGGAUUUCUUGGACAACAGGUUUGUGAGCCGUUGAGAGCAUCAAUACAUAUGCUAGCCUCUGGUUUUUCUUCUACUCUAUGCUUGGUCUACAAUGGGUAAUGCCCUUCAACAUCAAAGAUGCAUAUGCUAGCUGGAUACUCUGGAGAGUUGACAAAUCCAUUAAAAGAAUCUGGAGAAUGAUCCCAACAGUAAUUUUUUGGACCCUAUGGAAGGAGAGAAACAACAGGUGCUUUGAAGGAAUCUCAACUCCUAUUUGCUCUCUAAAGUCUAGGUGUUUAGUUUAGUUGGCAUUUUUUUGCCCCUGUAAACAAUGUGGGUAACUUUCUAGACUUUGUUAGCUCCUUUUCUCUAGUUCAGUAGAGAUAGGAUAUCUUUAGAUUGUUCUACAGGUUUUUGCCAAGUCUGUCAGCUUUUCCCAUCUGUAACCUUACAUCUUCUUGAUGUUUUACUAAUGAAUUUUAUUACUUUACCAAAAAAAAAAAAGAGAGCAUCAAUACAUGGUGCUCCUUUAGAAGAUGCUCGCCAUUUGACUCACCGCUAUGACAGAGUGCGCCAGGAGUUUGAAUCCCAGGCUACUGAAGUAAUAAGACGCCAAUCAAAGUUUAGAGAAGCUUCUACUGAAAGUUUGGCAAAGCUUAAAAAUGCAGAAACAAGAUUGUCGGAGCUCAAAUCUUCGGUGUUGGUUCUUGGCAAAGAAGCAACUGAUGCCAUGUUAUCUGUAGAGGAGGAGCAGCAGCAGAUUACUUUCCAAAAGCUUCGUACCAUGGUCGAUGCUGAAAGAUCUUAUCAUCAGAAUGUUGUUUCUAUUUUGGAGAAGUUGUAUUCUGAGAUGCUUGAAGAAGAGCAAUUAAAUGAGUCAUCUCCACAAUCUUCAAAUUCACCAAGAGUUUUGCAUGAUACAACUUCAAAUGGAACUGAGCAUCCAGAAGCUGAGGAUAAAAGUCCUACCUAUUUUAGUGCCAAGGUACCCUUCUCAAAAAAUUUUAGUGCCAAGGUCAUGCACUCGUUUGAAGCCCAAGCAGAUGGCGAGCUAAGUCUAGAGGUUGGCGAUGAUGUGGUAGUUCGGCAGGUAGCUCCAAAUGGAUGGUCUGAAGGAGAAUGCAACGGUAAGUCCGGUCGGUUUCCCUCGGCUUAUGCUGAAAAGUCACACAAAGUACCAGCAAGCAAAAUGGCGGAAACGGAUACCACCCCAUAAGAUAAAACACUAAAUUAUCAUGCUACCUUCAUAUAAACCUUUGCUUUUUUGUAAAUUUCCACUUGUAUAGGUGUUUGAGGAGUUUUCCAUUUUGCUUUUUUUUUUUUUUUUUUCCUUCUCCCGAUGUAAACGCAUCAAAGCUUAUAAUCAAGUUUGUUAUUUGCUGA